CCCGCGACAUCUUCCUCUGUGUUAAUAUUGAUAGUAAACAGUGAUCGCAGUGCGCAGUUUACACGCGUUUUGCUCGACUUCUGAGCUGGUGUUUGCGAAACACCGAUGUUGCCGGACGAUUCGUGAUGCCACCCGUUCUGGUAACACUGUGGUAAAUGAGACAUCCCCCUCUCGCUCUGGUGCUUCCCCCCCCUUGGAGUCAGCAUGGGCCAGCAGAUCUCCAGCCAAACACACACCAUCAUCAGUCGCCUGCCAGAGAAGGUUGUGAAGCAUGCCGGCCUGGUGCGGGACAGCGGAUUCCUCACCUACGAGGAGUUCCUGGGUAGAGUGGCCGAGCUCAACGAUGUGACGGCUAAGCUGGCGGCUGGGCAGCCAAAGCAUUUGCUUUUUGAAGUUCAACCUGGAUCUGAUGCCUCUGCACUUUGGAAGGUUGCCGUGAGGAUAGUGUGCACUAAGAUAAACAAGGAGAACGGCAUGGUGGAAGCCUCACGUAUCAUGAACCUCUACCAGUUCAUCCAGCUAUAUAAAGACAUCAUGGGCCAGGCAGCAGAGCUGCCAGCUUCAGACAACUGUGCAGAAGGGCCUUCAGCUCCACAGGCUUCUGUGGACUCCUGUCAGGCUAGCAUGUGGAUGGGAAGGGUGAAGCAGCUAACAGAUGAGGAGGAAUGCUGUAUUUGCAUGGAUGGGAAGGCUGACCUCAUCCUUCCCUGUGCCCACAGCUUCUGUCAGAAGUGCAUCGACAAGUGGAGUGACCACAGCCGGAACUGCCCAAUUUGCCGCUUACAGGUGACAGCUGCCAAUGAAUCAUGGGUUAUGUCUGAUGCACCCACAGAGGAGGAUAUAGCAGGUUAUAUUCUGAACCUCGUUGAUGAGGCUGGGCAUCCACACAGACCUUAGAGCAACACUAUGUUGCCUUUGUUGCACUCCUGUGCUCUGUCAACUGCGGAUAAGUAUCAGACAGGAGAACUGGGUUAAACCAGGGAAAUGCCAGCAGUCGUGUUAUUUGCAAUCGCUUUGUCCUUUGUUUGCCUAACUGACCUACUUUAAUGGACUGCUCUCAAGCAGUAGUUAUACUGUUAGAUUUUUCAUUCAUAUUUCUCACUUGGUAUGUGAAUCUCUUUCAGAAGAAAUAUUUUAAGGUCUUCCUGAUAUUCCAGACACUAAAUUAUGACUACUAAAGAAAUUGAGCUAUUUCUUUCACUGCCUACACAGCUAUGAGCUCCAGAUGGAGAACUGACAGCUGCCUUGCUGCUAGUUGGCUGCGAGUCCUACUGUAUCUUUUCUACAAGCAGAUGUUGUGGUAGAUGGCAUGGUACCUCAAAGAUGUCCAGUCCCUCUGAGGCCAUAGUUCUGCAGGUGUUUGAGCUGCUUGUUCGCAGCUGGAACGCCUAGAGAUAUUUCUUCUUUAAUUAACGGCUUUCAUUAAACCAGUGUUAUUAAUCCAGAGUACCAAAGGACCAAAAGGUAUUCUGUAAGCAUCCAAAAUUCAAUGUAUACUGCUUAAGGAAGGGGAAUGUACAACACCUCGUGCCUAGGUGCAUGGUAAUGACAAAGGAAAGCAAGUAUGGGAGUGACUGAAUUGCAGCACAUCAUCUGGUCAGAAAAAACUGGACUUCCCAACCUGUAAUCUUCCUGGAAUUAAAUUGCUCAUUAGAAACUCUUCAAAGCUGAAUGUGGAAAGUGACAACAGAUCCUUGCAGUACUCAGUAGCUGAAAAGGUGUGUUGAUAUUUGAUUUCACCUUUUUAACUGCUGCAUGAACUAUGAUAUAGUGUCAACUUCUUAUUUUUUACCAAUUUUAUUGGUAUUUUUGUUGCACAUUCCCUGGACUUUACUGUUUUUGAUUGAAUUUAAAUUAGAAAAAUGAUCAUUUUCUGCCAGUCAUUUAAAGGAUGGAGGGUAAUUUAUAUUAAUUGGUAUAAACUGUUUGGUAUAUAAUUCAUUGGGUGCUUGGUUUUCAAAUCUUAUAUUUAAAAUAAAACUUAUUUUUUUAGUCUGAUAAGAACAGUUUGGAAAUAUAUUUAAAAAUAUUUUUUUCCCUGUGAAUGUGAAUUUCAGUUGGUGAGUUCACAAACACUUCACUCUUACUUUGCACCUUUUCAGUUGUGUCCUCUUGAAGUUUUGAUUUGUAGCUAAACAUGACCUGGAAGUGUGUGUUGUGGAAUCCUUUUGUAUUUUAUGUUCUCAUUAGGGAAGUUUGCAUUAUAAACAACAGAGAUAUAUGUAUAUAAGGUCAAAAAGAAAUAUUUCAGACUACCUUAAACUUAAUAUUUUAAAAAUAAAUGUUCAGUAAGAUUGAAGUUUGUAAAUGAGUUUGUUUCUUUACAUACAAAUUGAUACAACAGUGUUCUGCUGCUCUUAAACUGAGAAAGUACGACUAUGGAAAAACGAUGAUUAAUGGAUCCCGCACGACAAAAAAGUGCUACAAUGACUUAUUACAAUUAUAUAUAUAUAUCCUUUUCCCAUCCUACUGCUUGAUAUUCUGUAUGCUGCCAUUUUUGCCAAUUGUGUUUUCAGUUUAUUAUUUCCAUAACAGGUAUUUUACUCUGUUCAACAGUAUCACUGCUUGUAUCACAUACAUCCACACUCUGUGUCUCAGACCAAGAAGGUAUUUGUCCCUCACUCUUGCAGUCUGGCUAAAUCCAAUAUAUUAAUUUCUAAAUUACCCUAUAAACAGUCUUCUGUCACACAUUUGUGGAAUUAAAAUGUAACAAAAGAUAUGCCAAAAUGUAUUUGUUUUCAUAUAGCACCUGUUGGCAUUGUUUUUCAUAAUACUUAUUUUGGCAUUUUAAUUUUAGAUGCCAUUUGUAGUCUAGAAACAGUUUUUGCCCACAAAUAAUAGUGCUUAAAUCCCCUCAUAACAGGAAUUGAAAUAACGGGGUGAUUUCAUGGAUGGAUUUGGAAGUUGUAUGAGGGAUACAGUUGUUCUUCUUUGUAAGGCUUUGUGGCCUCCAGGUGGCGCGCUUGUCAUAGUUUUAACUAGAGGGGCCUGCCUUUGCUAUUAGAGUAGAAUGUCUGCAUGUGCAUUUAGAAAAUAAAAACAAAGCAUUUAGUUUGUAGAACAAAAGCAUAUCUUGUAAGACUAAUUUUUCUGCAUGUUAACUUCUAGGUAUUGUUAGACUGUACAGAUUGAGUAGUUUUGUACUGUAAGCAAGCUUUGAAUGUGCUCUUCUGAGGUCUUUGUUUCAUAUUUGUUCAGCUCAAAUUUUGUAUAAUGCUGCACUUUUAUUUUCUUUCCCUUGUUUACUCAAUUUCCAUUUUACAGCUGACUGCCAAGCAGUUCAAAAUGAAACAAGUUUUUAAUUCAAACUUAUUCUCACUCUAUUGAACUUAAACGAAGCUGACACUUGAGUGGCAACAGGAGUAGCAGGAGGUUAUAGAAAGACAAGUAUUUGAAUAUCGGUUCCUCGGCGGCUUAGUAUUAGAAACAGAAGUAUUUACAGAGCCGUGAAAAAGUAUUU